UUCAAGUUUCAAAUCAUUGCAACCGACAACAACAACAACAACAAUAAAAUCUACCGUACAGGACAAAGACAACACUCGAACAAGUGACCAAAGCAAAAACCAUUACAUUGCCAUGGUCUUCGUAUAUCUUUCCAAGCCAUCUGCAUCUCGCCAGUGGCCCUCGAUGCAUACCAUCGUUGCCCUGCUAGGUUGUUGCCUGGUUCUCUUGUCUUCUUUGUCUUCCACCGCAUCUGCGGAAUUCGUCACCCUUACCGACGAGACCUUCGAGCACCAGACGCAGGCUUCUACGGGUAUGACGACCGGGAGCUGGCUAGUCUUGUUUGGCAUCCCGAACUGCAGCAACUGCGAAUCGCUCAAGCCGGUCCUCGCCGAGCUCGGAUCCGACGAGGAGCUAUACGAACGCGGGAUCCUGACCGCAUCGGUGGACUGCUCGGAAAAGGGCAGCGGUGUGUGCUUUCGGUUUUCCGCCACCCGGCUACCGGUGCUGGUAUACCUGCACAAGAAGCGCAUGUAUCGAUACCCGCUGUUCCGCGACGUCGACAACGAAUUCCGGACCCUCCCCACGGCAAGCGACCUGAAAUACUUUAUGGAGACCGGGUUUGUGGAGGCCGGAGCAGAGGCCAUCCCCGAACCCCCGUCCGCACUGGAGGCCCUGAUGAAACCAAUAAUGGCGAUCUACGAAAACAACCCCCUAGCCGGCUACGCUAUCUUCGGAAUGGCGGGCAUGAUGGGAUUUACGAUUCUGGUCCUGGUGGCAACUCUGAUCAAGAGUGCCAUGGGAGGCGGUGAAACGGCCAAGCCGAAACGAAAAUCGUCCAAAAAGAACAAGUAAACAAUACAGAAUAAAAAUACAUUAAGCUAAUAUUAUGACGAGGACUGAACAAAGUGGACGGAAGCAUGGUGUGAUUUCUUUCAUGGAUAUGAAGGUUGCGUGAAUUAAAAACAUUACUAAUCUAUCUAUAUUCAAUGCGCUUGCUUGCUGGCAUUGGUUCGCAAUCGUAUCAUAUGGUGUGGGUUGCCGGGUACGUACCGUCCUUCUUCGUACCUCUUGUCCCUUUUUUUGGUAAUCCCGCCGCGCUCACAACACAGCAAACAGGAUUUCAUCAUUGAUCCUUCGUCUUUUGGUCGGAGGAGGAUGGACUGCGCGAUGCUUCUGUUUUUUCUUCUACCAGGGCUUUUACCACCGUCUGCAUCGUCAUUCCCUGCAAUCCCCAGGCCACAAAGAGAUUCGCGUGUUGAAUGGCGUUCGCCACCCCCAGCGACAAGCCAAAAUUGAACACCAGGACCGGGUAAAGGGGCAGCAGAAAGGCAUUCAUGAUAAAGCCCACAAGGCCCCUGUUCUUGACCGCGUUCGUGAUGACCGGGUGCUCCACCAGAUACAAAAAGGCCAUGAAAUAAAAGGUGCAAGGGGUCUGAGUGAUCCCCGCGAGGAAAAUGUCGCAAACCGGCCGUUGGAAGGACGAGAAUCCCAAGAUCCAGGCAAUUGUGCCGAUGGAUCCAUAGAGACACCAGUAGGUGUCCGUGAGGAGGGGCAUGCUUUUCAGGAGUGGUGGGCAGUUGGACCGGGGCUGAAAAAUCCGUAGGCACUCGUUUCCGAUCAUCCCCAUCGUCAUAGGGGCCAGGUAGACGCCCCCAACGCAUACCGUCCAAAGAACCCGAAAAAGGUUCGUGUUUCGGGAAUCCACGGUGAGAAAGAAGUGGUGACCAAGGCCCCCGGCGAACGUCGAUGUCGCGUACAGCACGAGCAUCAGCGCGGAAAGCUUUGACAGCUUGGCGGCGACCUGCGUCUCUGCGCGGUUCGAUGUCCUAAGGAUCCAAAAUGCUAUGGCCAAUGUCAUUGCCGCAAUGGCAUAGUCGGUCCCGUAGGUCAGCACAGUGUUGUCGAAUAAGGAGAUGCUUGCAUC